GGAGGAGGCGGGGUUGACAGACGCAUUUCUCGGGGUUCAGGAGUCGGCUCGGCUAACUGAAUAGGUAAAUGGAAUAGCCAAGAACUUUUCGGCAAAUGGGGUCAACUUUUCGGAGUGGGUGUGAACUGCCAGGAGGCAGCCACUCAGCCUGAUCUGUUUCCGGUGUCUCGCAUUUGCUGAGCCGCCGUCCUAUUUCCUAAAGCCUGGUCCGGGGUGUGUGCGUGGAGAACAACAGCUGUUCAUGCUUCCUUUACCGGGAACUCUUGUGACCAUUAGCCUCCCAUAGCUUUACGUGUACAUCCUUGCACCUCAAGAAGAAAUGGCUUGCGCUGAGUAUUCUUUUCACGUGCCAAGUCUUGAGGAGCUUGUUGGAGUUCUGCAGAAGGGCCUCAAAGAUAACUUUGCUGAUGUCCAGGUGUCUGUGGUCGAUUGCCCUGAUUUGACUAAGGAGCCAUUUACCUUUCCUGUAAAAGGCAUCUGUGGGAAAACUAGAAUUGCAGAAGUAGGAGGUGUGCCUUACUUAUUGCCUCUUACAAAUAAAGAAAAAGUUUAUGAUGUAAAUAAGAUUGCAAAAGACAUUAAGCUUCCUGGAGCUUUUAUUCUCGGAGCAGGAGCAGGCCCAUUUCAGACUGUUGGGUUCAACUGUGAGUUUAUGCCAAUUAUUCAAACAGAAAGUGAACACAAAUCUCCAGUAAAUGGAAGUUACUUUGCCCAUGUUAACCCUGCAGAUGGAGGGUGCCUGCUCGAGAAAUACAGUGAGAAAUAUCAUGAUUUUGGGUGUGCAUUACUGGCUAAUCUUUUUGCCAGUGAGGGCCAACCUGGAAAGGUCAUUGAGGUGAAAGCCAAAAGAAGAACUGGAAAACUUAACUUUGUGACUUGUAUGAGACAGACUCUUGAAAAACAUUAUGGAGAUAAGCCUGUAGGGAUGGGAGGUACUUUCGUAAUUCAGAAGGGAAAAGUGAAGACUCACAUAAUGCCCACAGAAUUUUCUUCCUGCCCUUUGAACUCUGAUGAGGAGGUGAAUAAAUGGUUGCACUUUUAUGAGAUGAAAGCUCCUUUGGUUUGUCUGCCAGUUUUUGUCUCCAGAGACCCAGGGUUUGAUUUGCGAUUGGAGCACACCCAUUGUUUCAGUCAUCAUGGAGAAGGUGGACACUACCAUUAUGACACUACCCCAGACACAGUGGAAUAUCUUGGAUACUUCUUGCCUGCAGAGUUUCUGUAUCGCAUUGAUCAACCAAAAGAGACCCAUUCAAUUGGGCGAGAUUAAAUCAAAUGAAAAAGACAUAAUUAAGGUUAAGUAAUCAACUCAUUGAUUGAUACUAAUAUAAAAUCCAAUAGAAAUGAUCUCACGACUUAAAUCCCAUUGUUUUGGCCAUUAACUGAAAGGUAUGUUGACCUCUGUACUCUGUAUUAUCUGAUAUAUCUUAGAGAUUAUUGGGAACCAACAUACAUAAUGAAAAUGUUCAUUUUUUUACUCUUUAUUCACAGCAAAAUCAGUCUUAUGUUUAUACCUUAAAUAUAACACGAUCAGGAAUCACGUGAUUAUACCUACUAUCUACCGGUAAUAACUUAUAUUUGUAUAACAUUAUUAAAUUUUUCAAAAUA